UAGGUAUGUGCAUGUGUGGAGGGGUAGGAUGGCCCUGGGUUCCUCUCUGAAAAAGAGAAAGGAAGUGAGCGGGGCUCCAAUUCUGCUUCUCUGUGGACCAAGCGGGAGCCAAGAUGCAUAGACACUUGCUGCUGUCUGGUCUGCUCCUGAUUCUUCCUCUGACUGCAGGCUGGAAUGCUUCCAAUUGCCUGGUGAUAGAAGGUUCCCGGCUGCCCCUGGUCUCCUGCUUCUUCACAAUCUGCUCCUUGGACUCUCAGCUGCUUCUCCUUGUUUCAUGCAACUUGGUGACCAACCUGACACAGGCCUUGCAAGCUGUGCCUCAGAACGUAGAGGGGCUCUGCCUCGGUGGUUCUAUUUCUGUUCUGCCCCAGGCUGCCUUCUCCACCUUGCCUGGGCUCAAGGCCCUGGGGUUGAGCCUGCAUCUUACCAAACCACCAGGAGCUUUCCAGGGAUUGGGACAGCUUCAGAAACUCUCUUUUAUAUCUGCCCCUGGAAAGGAAUACCUCUUUCUACCCUCUGAUGCCUUUGGUGACCUGAGAUCCCUCCAGAAACUCCAAUUCUCGGGCCUCUGCCUGCAUAGGAAUUUGAGUGUCCAAUUGCCUCGCAGUGUACAACAGCUGGCUAUCACCUGCAGUUGCCUUCAGGAUGUGGGUGAGUUGGCUGACAUCUUCCCAGAUCUGGUACAUGACCCCUCCUCUGGAAAUGCCUGGACCCUGGACACAUUGAAUCUUUCAAUGAACAAAAGGCUGAAGAUGGCCAGUCCUGGGGCCCUCUGGGGCCUCAAGGUAGGGACUCUGUACCUGACCCAUACAAAGAUGGAGGCAGCUGCAGUGAUGGGACUGGGGCUUCAGAGGCUCAAUGCUCUGUUCAUGAGAUUCACUGCCAUGGCUGAGCUUCCUGCUGAGACAGUUGCCCACUUCGAGCUGCAAGAGCUAAAUUUGGAAACAAAUAAAAUAAGUGACAUAACUCUGGAAGCCCUGGCUUUUUGCCACAGCCUGAAGACCUUGAAUCUUCAGUCUAAUAACCUCACUAAGCUGCCACUGGGUUUCCUGGCAGCCAUACCCAGGCUUCAGAGACUGAACUUGGCCCAUAACAAACUACAGAAUGCCACCCUGUGUAUGAGUGAGACAGAAGCUAUAUCAGGACUGAGGACCCUGGAUCUGUCUGGCAAUCGGCUACGCACCCUGCUUCCAACCACUUUCUCCUGUCUGCCCAACCUGCAAGAGCUUCUACUUCAGGGAAACCAGCUGGUUUUCUUGGAUGGACAGGUAUUCCAGGGCCUAGGGAGGCUAGAGAUCUUGGACUUGAAUAAAAAUCCACUGGUACAGCUGAGUGAGGGCUGGUUGACUUCUCUGCCUUCACUGACCACCCUCCAUCUGCUGGACACCCACAUUUUGUUGAACUCAACCUGGGGCUUCUGGGGUCCAGAGAAUCUGCACAACCUAAGACUACAGCUUCUCUCUACCUCUGCUGGGAUGACAUUGUCCUUGCCUACAAUGCUGACCAGCUUGGAGCUUCAUGCUGGCUCAAACACAAAGCACUGGCAAUUGUUACCUAAUGUAUUUCCAGUCUUACAAAACCUGACUUUAAAAGGCUGGGGACUGCAGCUGGAGACCCAGAACAUCUUUAAGAUCUUCCCUGCCCUUCAUCAACUCUUCCUGGUUGGCAGUAGUUUGAAGGCCCUCUGCUCCCAGAACACCUCCAGCAUCUUCCUCUGGCAGCUCCCCAGGCUCCAGUCCCUGAGGGUACGGGGGGAUGGGUACAACCCCAGGCCCUGCUGCAUUACAGGACUGCCCAGCCUUCAGGAGCUGAAGCUGGAGGCCCUGAAGUUCAGAUCACAGCCCCGCCCAGUGCGGCUGGAGGAGCUGGUGGGUGAGCUGCCCAGGCUUCAGGUGCUGCAGCUGUUGAACACUGGGUUGGAGACACUGUCAGCUGCUGCUUUCCAGGGCCUCAGCAGUCUCCAGGUUUUGGUGCUAGACUGGGAGAAAGGCCUUGUGCUGGAUGACAGCUUGUGGGAACAUAGUCCUCAGAUGCCCCAGUACAUGUACAUUCUGUCUUCGUCCUUGGCCUGCCAGUGUGCCAAUGCCUGGGUAGGACCCUGGCUGGAGCAGUCCCCCAGAACCUACAUGUAUGUAUCAACAAAGACCUGGUGCCCCUCGGAAGUAAGAAACAGAUCUCAUAGUCCCCUUUUCCCCUUUCUCUGGAGUCACUGCCCUAAGACCUCAGAGUUGGAACUCUUUUUGGGCAGCUCUACCUUGCUGCUUCUGCUGAUCUCCCUGCCCCUCCUCCAGGAAGCCAAGACCUCCUGGGUUCUCUAUCUCCAGGCCUUGUUCAGGGCUUGGUUCCAAGGUCUGAGGGGUCGAAGGGAUGAGGGCAAGAGGUUCCUGUAUGAUGUCUUUGUGUCCCACUGCAGGCAAGACCAAGACUGGGUAAUAAAGGAGCUGCUGCCUGUUCUGGAGGGCUGCCCUCCUGCUGGCCAAGGACUGCGCCUCUGUCUCCCUGAGCGAGAUUUUGAGCCAGGCAAGGAUGUGCUCGAUAACGUGGCAGACAGCAUAGCAGGCAGCCGUGUAACCCUCUGUGUGCUGAGUCAUCAGGCCCUGCACACACCUCGCUGCUGUCUGGAGCUCCGCCUGGCUACCUCCCUCCUGCUGGCUGCGCCCCACCCCCCAGUGCUGCUGGUGGUUUUCCUGGAGUACAUCUCUCAACACCAGCUCCCCCGAUACCAUAGACUGGCCUGGCUGCUCCGUCGAGGAGACUACUGCUUGUGGCCCAAGCAAGACCAGAAGGACGACUUCUGGACCUGGCUGAAGAACAGGCUGGGGAAGUCUGGGUUAGGCAGGGUAGGGGCAUGUGUGUCGGAGGGUGGGGGCAAGAAAAGCAACCAUGCUGGCAGAGAGAGAAUAGACAUGUAUGAUUUGUGAGGUUGAACUCAGUUUCCAGGAGGAGGGGGUGCUGUGGGUUUGAUAAGGACUAAAUGCUGGGAACAGAGAUUGUGGGAGGCUCUAGUGGCUGAGUGAAAAAAUUGGGGGAUGGUAAGUGGCCAUAUGGCAUGCUAUGGGAUCUCAAAUUCUGCAUAUCUUCAGUACAUUUAUUAAACCUACGAAAUGCUUG